AUGGAUAAUGGUGAGCAGGUUGAUGUAAUCUAUACGGACUACAGCAAAGCAUUUGAUCGAAUCGAUCACAACCUUCUUCUGGACAAGCUUCAAAUGAUUGGAAUCAGAGGACAGUACGCGCCACCCACGCCGCAAGUGCAUGAACAAACGCCGCGACUGUCACGAGUGAAUCAAGACACGCGCUCCGUCCGCUCGUCAAGAAGAAGGGCAGAAAUAGAGGCCAAAUUAAGAGUGGCCCGCCAGGAACUGGAAGUUGCCAAAGCGGAAUUGGAGUUGGCCCAAUUGGAUUCCGACAUGGAAGAGGAUCCAGAAGAAGUGCAGUACAGGCAAAUGCAGGUCGAAAAUUGGUUGGACCACUCGAACACCAUCGCCGAGAGGGUCCCGCCGGAACUACAACCAAUACCGCCGCCGCCGCCCGCCGCGCCGCUGCCGCCGCCGCCACAAGUUCUACCGCUGCCGCCGCCACCGCCGCCGCAAGUGUUGCCGCCACCGCCGCCGCAAGUGUUGCCGCCGCCGCCACCGCAGCCGCUACCUACGGAAGGGAGAACAGACAUCCAAGAGUUAGCCAUGGCCAUCACCAAGCUGUCACAGAGGGCAGAGGGUGGCCUCACAAGACAACUGGUCGACCUCCCAAGUUUCAAUGGCGCAUGUGAAGAAUGGCUCGCGUUCAGAAGGUCAUAUGAAGACACCGCGCGCUCCUUCACGCCGGCACAAAAUUUGGCGCGACUACGAAGGUGUCUCCAGGGGCACGCGAGGGAGGCAGUCAAGAGCCUCCUGUUCACCGCCGAGGAUCCAGAAGAGCUGAUGAAGAGCCUGGAGGUCCGGUUCGGCAGACCUGGAGCCAUAGCCCUGGCGGAGUUAAAGAAGAUGGAAAGGCUGCCAAGGGUCAACGAGUCAUCGGGGGAGAUCUGCAUGUUUGCCAACCGAGUCCGCAAUGCCGUGGCCACCAUCAGGGCACUCGGCAAGACGGAAUAUUUGUGCGCACCAGGGGCCGUGGAGUGUCUCAUCGACAAGAUGCCACCGACCAUGAAGUCUCGGUGGCUGAUGUACCAACGCGAGCGCCGGGCAGAGGGAAAACCAGCGCUCGAACUCAUGUAUGACUUCAUGGAAGUUGAAGCAGAUAUUAACAGUGAUUACGCUCCCCCGGAAGUGUCCUGGGACCAGAAGAGAAAUAUGUUCAAGAGGCCGGUUCACCAUGUCCAACAAACAGAAGGACGCCGUGAAGAACCGAAGACUGACGCGAAGAAGUGCCCAGAGUGCCGUGAGGACCACUGGCUGUACGAAUGUAAGAAAUAUAAGGAAGCCAGUGUUGAAGAUAAGUGGGAAAUGGUGAAGAAGGCAAGAAUGUGCUUCAAAUGCCUGCGCUUCAAGCACUCAAGGAACACGUGUCGGGCACAACCAUGCAAGAAGUGCAUGAGGUGGCAUCACAUCAGUCUUCACUCAGAGAAGCCCGCAGCGGCGAAAACUCAAGAGAAGCCCGCCGAAGGAGUUGUGUCGUCAGUGCACACCACGAGCUGCGGAAAGGCCUACUUGAAGAUGACGCCGGUGAACCUCUACGGGCCCAAAGGGACAGCAAAAGUGCUCGCGCUCCUGGACGAAGGAUCCACCGUCACGCUGCUGGACUCAUCAGUGGCGAAGAAGAUUGGGGUGCAAGGGAAGCCGGAAGCCAUCACCAUCGAGAUGGUCGGGGGGAACGGUAUGCAGAAGAGCAACUCCCAGAAGAUCAACAUGAAAAUCAAAGGGGUCCAUUGCAGAAAUAAGCUCAACAUGGAAGCAAGAACUAUCGACAACUUGAAGUUGGCGAAACAAGGGGUCGAAGAAAGAAUGCUUCAAAAGUGUAAACACUUACAGAAGAUCAAGGACAAGCUGGUAUACGACAAGGAAGAACCACAACUACUGAUCGGGCAAGAUAACUGGGGGCUCAUAGUCACACGGAGACUACGCAAAGGGAAGGCCUCCGAACCAGUUGCCUCCUUGACCAGCUUGGGAUGGGUCUUACACGGAUGCGACGCCGGAGGAAGUGUCCCUGUCAAGUUCGUGCACCACAGCAGGUUGAUGGAAGACGAAACAGAAGCCCUGGUCCGCCGGCACUUCGAGAUAGAGUCGCUCGGGGUGCAAGCACGUCGGCCAAGUAAUGACGCCGACAAAAGGGCACUCGACGUCCUAGAGAAGACCACGAAGAGGCUACCAAAUGGACGGUUCGAGUCUGGGCUGCUGUGGAAAAGUGAAAGGGAAACUCUACCGAACAACUACCAUCAGGCACACCAGCGUCUCAUCAACAUGGAGAAGAAAUUAGACAAGGACCCAGCACUGAAGACUUCGUAUGAAGAACAAAUAGAAAAUCUGCUGAAGAAUGGAUAUGCAGAGAAAGCUCCAGAAACCACGACGCCAGGGAGAACAUUCUACUUACCUCACUUCGCGGUGAUGCACCCGAUAAAGAAGAAACCGAGGAUAGUUCUCGACGCCGCCGCCAAGUUCAACGGGAAGAGCCUCAACGAUGCGCUGCUGCCUGGGCCUGACUUAUUGCAGUCGCUCUUCGGAGUGCUUCUCAGGUUCCGGGAAGGUCCAGUCGCCGUCGUCGCCGACAUCAAGGAGAUGUUCCUACGCAUCCAAAUGAGGGAAGAAGACCGGGACAGUCUGCGGUUCUUAUGGCGCGGCAGCAAGAGGAACGGCAAACCGGAAGAGUACCGCAUGGCCUCAGUGAUCUUCGGGGCAACGUCAUCACCGUCUACGGCAAUUUAUGUCAUGAACAAGAACGCAGAAGACUUCAAGGAGGAGCACCCGGCAGCCGUGGCAGCAAUACAGAGGAACCAUUAUAUGGAUGACUACUUGCAAAGUUUCACAACGGUAGAAGAAGCCAAGCGGAUCGCGAAAGAGGUACAGACGAUCCACAACAAGGCGAGCUUCCACCUGAGAGGAUGGGGGAGCAAUCAACCAACCGUUCUGGAAGGAAUUGAAGAUCAGCGACAGGAGGAAGUCCUCGAACUGGGCAAGGAAGAGAAAACCCUGGGGCUGAGAUGGCUAAACACAGAAGAUGCACUCGCCUUCAACGUGGGCUUCAGGAACACUCCGCCCGAAGUACUCGCUGGGCAAAGAGUACCAACGAAGAGGGAAGUCACCAGCGCCGUCAUGUCUACGUUCGACCCCAUGGGCUUCGCGACGCCGAUCCUAAUACAGGGCCAGAAACUCAUACAGGAGAUCUGGCGUACCAAGAUCGACUGGGACGAGAAGAUUCUCGAACCGCAAGUCGCCGCAUGGACCGGAUACCUGGAAGACGUCGCCGUACUAAAGGAACUGAAGAUCCCAAGGUGCCUGUCGCCGAGAACCAGAAGAGGACAACUCCACACGUUCUGCGACGCGAGUGAAGAAGCAUACGCCGCAGCCGUCUAUUGGCGAACGGAAGACCCAGACGGCACGAUACGCGUCGCAUUGAUUGCUGGGAAAGCAAGGGUAGCUCCUAGCAAACCAGUGUCUAUCCCACGGUUGGAAUUGCAAGCAGCAUUAUUGGGCAGCAGACUUGCCUCAUCGGUGGAGAAGGAGCUCGAUUUAGAGAUUGAAGAAAGGACCUUCUGGACAGACUCCAGCACCGUCCUUCAAUGGUUGAAAGCAGACCCGAGAAAAUUCAAGACGUUCGUGGCCCAUCGCCUCGCGGAAAUUGAAGAGCUGACGCGAAUUCAAGAUUGGAGAUGGGUGCCGACAAAGGAAAACCCCGCAGAUGAUGCCACAAGAGGCACUCCGAACGAGUUUGAUGAAAACGCAAGAUGGUUCAAAGGUCCCGCCUUCUUAUAUGGAAACAAAGAAGAUUGGCCGGCGAGACGCUUUGAAGUCAAAGAAGAACUCACCGGAGAAGAGUAA